AGCAGGCGGAAGUCGCUGCACUUGCAUCCGCUGAGUGGCAAGAAGAGUGUGUGGCUGUGUUGGAGUCAGGGUGUCGUGAAAAUACAUUUAUAAUGGGAAAGAGCUGUUGUGCGACUGGUUGUACUAAUCGAUUUAGUAAGAAAUCGGAGCUAUCCUUUUAUAGACUGCCGAAAAAUAAAGAAAGAAGAAGCAAAUGGAUCGCUGCAAUUGGCAGAAGCAACUGGAAUCCAGGCUCCGAAACGUGGAUUUGCGGUUUUCAUUUUGCGUCAGGGAAAAAGAGCGAUGAUCCCCUACACCCUGACUAUGUACCAAGUAUAUUCAGCCCCACGUCUCCCACUAAUCAAACUAGGCCUGUCAGCAACCAGAAAAAAUAUCAAGGAUCUCAAGACGUUUCUGGCAAAAGAUCUCUCAACACAAGUAGAGAGCAAACAGCUGCAGGCGGUCUAAGCCUGCAUCAAGAUCCUGCGUCAGAUAUGGGGGUACAGGCUGUUAAAGUUCAAGGCACUGGGGUCCAGACAGAGGAGACGCACAGUGACAUUACUUCACUGCACGAGCAGAUUAAAUCUUUAAACAGUGAAUGUCAGUCACUGAGAGAUACAGUUUACAAAUUAGAAAAUGAGAUAAAGUGUUGUACUCUUGAUACGUCGGAAUUUGAUGACAGCAAAAUACAUUUCUUCACAGGGCUACCCAAUUUACAGACUUUCAUGUUAUUGUUCAGUAAUGUCUCAUCAGUCCUUCCUGCACCUGCGAAACAGUCCCUUAAGCCGACUCAGGAGCUGCUUCUCACACUGAUGAAACUGCGCUUCAGUCUGUCGGAGGGAUUCUUGGGGCACCUCUUCGGGAUUCAUCAGUCGACGGUAUCAAGAAUCUUCCGCCGUUGGAUGCAUGUCACCACAAGCAAGCUUCAGCAGUUAAAGGUAUUGCGAUAGCAAAGUCCAAAGGAGCUAAGUAUAGAUUGGGACCCGAACUGGAAGUGUGUGGCUAUGGCUGUGCAGAUCAUUUUUAUGAGUCGGACAUACUGCUGCACUCCUUCCAGGUGUUAAAGGAGUUACUGGAGUCACCUGUCACUCAGAACAUCAUCUGUGACGUGGGAAUGCCUGUCAUGCAUCGCAAUGUUCGCUACAACUGCCGGGUCAUUUUCCUGAACAAGAAAAUUUUGCUGAUUCGUCCCAAAUUGUCACUAGCCAAUUACGGAAACAACAGGGAAUUUCGGUGGUUCUCACCAUGGAAUAAAUCCCGUUUACUCUGUAGGUGUGUGGAGGAAUAUUUUCUGCCGAGAAUGAUACAAGACGUGACUGGACAGGAAACUGUGCCAUUUGGUGAUGGAGUCCUGUCUACUAAAGACACAUGCAUUGGCAGUGAGAUUUGUGCAGAGUUGUGGAACCCUAGAAGUCCUCACGUUGACAUGGGUUUGGACGGCGUGGAGAUAUUCACCAAUUCCUCUGCUAGUUACCAUGAACUGCGCAAGGCCAACCAGAGAGUCAACCUGAUCAAAUCAGCUACCAGCAAGUGUGGUGGUAUCUACCUGUUCGCCAAUCAAAGAGGUUGCGAUGGGGACCGUUUGUAUUACGAUGGUUGUGCCAUGAUUGCAGUCAACGGGGACAUCGUUGCACGUGGUUUGCAGUUCUCUCUGGAGGAUGUGGAAGUCAUCACAGCAACUCUUGACCUUGAAGACGUCCGCAGCUACCGGGGGGAACGGUGCCAACCACACGUGGAAUUUCAGUAUCAGCCCUGUCACAGAGUUAAGGUGGACUUCUCCUUGUCUGACUUCCAAGAUGCCUACUUCCCUUCCUAUGAGCCGCUUGAGUGGCAGUUUCACUCUGUUGAAGAGGAGAUCAGCCUUGGUCCUGCUUGCUGGUUGUGGGACUACCUUAGAAGAAGUGGUCAGGCUGGUUUCCUGCUGCCCCUUAGCGGGGGUGUGGACAGUUCUUCUGUUGCCUGUAUCGUCUACUCUAUGUGUCAUCAGAUCUGCCAGGCUGUGAGUAAUGGAAGCAUCCAGGUGCUGCAGGAUGUGCGACAGGUCCUGGGUGACCUCGCCUACACUCCUGAAGAUCCCCGAGAGCUGUGUGGCCGCAUGCUGACUACUUGCUACAUGUCCAGUGAGAACUCCAGUGAAGACACUUACAAGCGUGCCAAGGAGCUGGCGGCCCAGACUGGCAGCUCCCACAUCAACUUGAACAUCGACUUGGCAGUGAAGGCCAUUCUGGGCAUCUUCACUGUAGUGACGGGGAAGUUUCCACAAUUCCGAGUAAACGGGGGGAGUAUCAGGGAGAAUUUGGCCCUACAAAAUCUACAGGCCCGCACCAGGAUGAUUCUGGCCUACCUCUUUGCUCAGCUGAGUUUGUGGGCCAAGGGAAAACCGGGUGGAUUGUUGGUUCUAGGCUCAGCAAAUGUAGAUGAGAGCCUGACAGGAUACUACACAAAGUAUGACUGCUCCAGUGCCGAUAUCAAUCCUAUCGGUGGCAUCAGUAAAACGGAUCUCAAGCGCUUCUUGCAGUAUUGUGUUGACAGUUUCAAAAUCACAGCGCUAUGCAGCAUCAUGGCUGCCCCUCCCACCGCAGAACUAGAACCAUUGCGUGAUGGCCACAUCUCCCAGACCGAUGAAUCUGAUAUGGGCAUGACCUAUGCAGAGCUGUCUGUGAUCGGCCGGCUGAGGAAGAUUUCUAAGUGUGGUCCAUAUAGCAUGUUCUGCAAGCUGAUUGACAUGUGGAAGGAAAACUACUCCCUGUCACAGAUUGCAACAAAAGUGAAGAACUUCUUCAGGAUGUACUCCGCUAAUAGACACAAGAUGACAACACUGACCCCAGGAUACCACGCUGAGAACUACAGUCCCGAUGACAACCGCUUCGACCUCAGACCUUUCCUCUACAAUACACUUUGGCCUAGACAAUUUAGAUGCAUUGAUGAUAAGGUAUCUCAGAUAGAGGCUACAAAUAAGGAGCAAUGACAAGGUCUUGACAAACAGCGGUAAUCUGUAACUUCCCGAGAACUUUUUUAAAUGAUAUUUUUUGGUGCUGUAUUGCCCAUACAAAUUGAGUUCAUCCUGCAUUGUCACCUUUUAUCUAGUCCUUUAUCAAUAUUGUGGAUAGAAGGAAUGCUGGAGAAUAAAGUACAAAUAGGAAAAGGUAUAUUAUCAUACAUUUCUCUGUUACCCCCCUGAUUGGAGUAUUGAUAUUUACAUCCUGUGCACUUUCCUGCCCCAUUGUGUCCUGUGUUAGAACAAUGGGCAGUAAAGACACACUAAUCCCAGACCAUUUACUGUAUCACCACGAAUCGUUUAUUGUGUUAGUGGUACUGAUACUGAACACCUGCAAAUUAAUAAUUGGAAUGCAAAUACUCUGCAUCACAUAUGAGGCCAAAUUGAUUUUAAGUCGGACACAUUAGUAAACCAAAUUUGUACGAAUGACGUAAGUUGGCUUGACUUGAACAGUAAUAAAAUAAAUACGAUAGCUGAAA